GGGGGCGGGAGCCUGCGGACAGGGAACAGCUCGAAAACUGGGGAGCAGACUGAGUAGCUGGGGCUCCGGACUCCAGCCUGGGCUGCGGGAGAGUCUCUGAUGCUGACCGCGCCUCCCUCUCGGCCUUCUGGGCUUUCUUGCCGGCAGGGCCGGAAGGGAGAGGUGCACCUGCAGCCCGGCCUUCUCGGGUCCCAGGCCCAAGAGGUUCAGACUCGUUGGCGUCCCUCCCCGUGCUUCGGCGCGGGAAAAAGAUCACCCACGAAAAUGAUCCACAGUCUAUUUCUCAUAAACUGUUCCGGUGACAUAUUUCUAGAGAAGCACUGGAAGAGCGUUGUAAGCCAGUCUGUCUGUGAUUAUUUCUUUGAAGCUCAAGAGAAAGCUGCUGAUGUUGAAAAUGUACCACCUGUCAUUUCAACACCUCAUCACUACCUCAUCAGUAUCUACCGGGACAAGCUCUUCUUUGUGUCUGUCAUACAGACUGAAGUGCCCCCUCUCUUUGUAAUUGAGUUCCUACAUCGAGUUGCUGACACUUUUCAGGACUACUUUGGUGAGUGUUCGGAAGCUGCAAUUAAGGAUAAUGUGGUCAUUGUAUAUGAGCUCUUGGAAGAAAUGUUAGACAAUGGAUUUCCACUGGCUACUGAAUCUAAUAUUUUGAAAGAACUGAUUAAACCACCAACAAUUCUCCGUUCUGUCGUCAACUCUAUCACAGGCAGUAGUAAUGUUGGGGACACACUCCCCACUGGGCAGCUGUCCAACAUCCCAUGGCGCCGGGCAGGGGUAAAGUACACAAACAAUGAAGCUUAUUUUGAUGUCGUUGAAGAAAUAGAUGCAAUUAUAGAUAAAUCAGGAUCUACAGUCUUUGCAGAAAUUCAGGGGGUCAUUGAUGCUUGCAUUAAGCUAUCUGGAAUGCCUGACCUUUCUCUUUCUUUCAUGAACCCACGGCUUCUAGAUGAUGUCAGCUUCCACCCCUGCAUCCGGUUCAAGCGCUGGGAAUCUGAAAGGGUUUUGUCAUUUAUUCCUCCAGAUGGAAAUUUCCGACUCAUAUCAUAUCGUGUCAGCUCACAAAAUCUAGUGGCAAUACCGGUCUAUGUGAAACACAGCAUCAGCUUUAAGGAGAACAGUUCUUGUGGUAGAUUUGAUAUUACGAUUGGACCAAAGCAGAAUAUGGGAAAAACUAUUGAAGGAAUCACAGUAACAGUUCACAUGCCAAAAGUUGUGCUGAAUAUGAACCUGACACCAACACAAGGCAGCUAUACAUUUGAUCCAGUCACCAAGGUACUAACAUGGGAUGUGGGAAAAAUUACUCCACAAAAGCUCCCAAGUCUUAAAGGACUGGUAAAUUUACAGUCCGGAGCACCCAAGCCAGAAGAGAAUCCAAGUCUCAACAUACAGUUCAAGAUCCAGCAACUUGCUAUUUCUGGCUUAAAAGUAAACCGCUUGGACAUGUAUGGGGAGAAAUAUAAGCCAUUUAAAGGAGUCAAAUAUGUCACGAAAGCUGGAAAAUUCCAAGUGAGAACAUGAGAAGAGGCCAAAAUUCCUCAAGAUCUGUUUGUUUUCCUACUGUCAUUAUAGUUUAUUACUGUUAGGUACCAAGUUGGUGGGCGUCCAUAUUCUAGUCCAAGCAUUCCUAUUGAGCUACACACAGCUAACGAAGUUGCUUAGUAAUCAAUGUAGGGUUCUGAAGAGCUAUAAGCUAAGGAAACUUUGAAUGACUUAGCUGAUUUUGUAUCUUUUCAGUUAGGAAGAUUCUGGAGGUGAUUGCCUCCAUAGGGGGACCUCUGCUGGAGGCUGCACAUUGUAACAGUAAAGGCAAAAGGCUACAGUAAUAACCUCUCCCCUAAAACAAGUGAACUGGUCUCAGCAGGAGCCCUCUCCAUCUGUAAUACGAUGUAUCAAGUGCAGCCCAAUGGCACACCUGAUCUUAGCUGGCCCAAAUCAACAUCUGUCCCAACAGAGGAAGUUCCCCCCACCCCAAGAAGUUUACAAAAAACUGCCUCUUCAAGUGUUUGCCUUAUUCAGCUUUUCACUUGUGCCAUUAAGCAAGCACUGUAGCAAAAGCCACUUCCACUGGGCCUGGCAGGGAGCCCCACAGCUCCAGGCUCCAUUUUCACUGUACUUGGUCUUGUAUUUUUUAUAAAUAAGAUUUUUACGUAAAGCUCAGAUUUUGAUUUACAGGGACCUUGCUGCAGGAAGUACCGUCUCAGUUUUGUGCCACUAGUUCAGCUGUUAGAUAGCAUAGUCAAAAUUAUUUGUAUCAAAGGGGUGAAUGCUUUAUUAAGGCAAUAAAAGGGAACACUACUUCUGCUUUUAGGAAGUUAUUGCAAGCACAGGCAUUUGAGAUUUGAAGCAAAUUAAAGCGUAAAAGAGAAACUUAAGUGAACUUUGCCACCUUCAUGUUUUAUAAAGCUUAUCAACACCACUUAAACCAUCGUUAGCCUAAAGGCCUCAAGCCCUAGUUCAGCAAAAGAAAGAAAAUGUGCCUGCUUCACUAUCAUCACUUUUUUUUAAUCAAUUUUAUCUUUUUUACUGUUGUUCUUGAGGUCUUGAACUUACCUGCAUCCCUUGUCUUUAGGGGGGAGCUCCCGUUUCAUAGUGUGUGCUUCCCAAGGCUACAGUGGCCAAUAGGUUCUUUCCUGAAACUCUUGUCUUAAUUGUUACUUGAACGUCUCUACUGUACUGUCUUGAGUACUUGGAAGUACAUGAUGCUGAGGCAGUAACAAGAUCCUCAGUAACAUUGACGAAACCAUAUUAAUCAUCUUGGUUGGCAAGUCAGUCUAGAGUUGUAUCAUUUCACUCAACUUCCUGGCUUUUGAUGUCCUUGCCCAGACAUUUUGCCUCAUUAGACAGGAAGAAUGGAGAAAGGCUGAGAGAUACAAGUGCUUGUUCUUCAUGGUCCCAUUUGUUCUUGCUUAUGCGGUUAGUUUUCUUCUCUUCGUGACUCCAUUCUUUUCAUUCCUCUUGGCUUAUAACUCCCUUUUCCAUAUCAUGCUAAGAAUGGCCCUUAAAUUCAUCCCUUUCUGCUGUCAAGAGCUAGUGGUCGGUGCUGCUACAGAGAGCCCACCAGACAGCAGCCUUCUUACCUUUGCCUGCCUAGGGUACCCAGCCUGCCUUUCAUCUAAUAGGAGAUGGCACUUUUUGCAAAUUUGAAAUUUCUUGGGUAACCAAUAUCAGCUUGGCAGCUAAAAUCAAGAUGUUGCCAAAUAUUUAUUCCCUUUGCCUAACACUGAUUACCCAGUCCAAUUGCUUUUAUUUUUAAUGUCUUUUAAUGUCCUAUCUCAAAAGAACAAUCAGUAUAUUUGCUUUUCUUUCUGUACAAUCCCUAAUCUCAACCAUGUAUAUCUGGACUGUCCAAUUUUCUUUUUGUGCUAUCUUCUCUUAUAUAUAAAUAAGCAGAUUAUAUGCCAAGAGUCCCUUGUCUCUAGCAAUUUCUGCUGAAACUUCCAAGUAGACUGUUUCCUUUUACAAUUAAAUUAUUGUAUUUAUUAAUUUGAAUCCAGUAUAUCCUUUCUCUAAUCUGGUUAUACUGUCAAUAAAAAGAUGGAAGCAGCAA